CUCCGCGCUCCCGCUCCCGCUGCCAUCCCCUCCCCUCCCCUCCCCUCCCCUGCGCUCUCUGUUCUCAUUCUCGCCUCGCGUCGCGUCGCCCUGACUCCCCGAUUUAGUUUUAGCUUCGGUCUGGCCCGCGGCGUCCUCAUCGUGCUGCUUGCGCUCGUGCUUGUGCUCGUCGCCUUCGUCUGGCGUGUGCGUCUUCUUUUCUUCCCUUCUUCUUCUCCUUCCUCUCUUGUUCCUGGGGUCACAGCGCGCUUCUCGAUCGCCCCGCCCUCUCCCGCCCUCUCGACGGCUCUCUGCGUGUCUGUCUGUCUGUCUGGCUGUCCCUUACUGCCCUCUCAUUCUCUCAUGCGUUUCGCACGGUCUGGUCUUCGAUCGGAUCUCGUCUCGCCUCGCCUCGCCUCGUCUCGUCUCGGCUGAUCGAUCGCUCGUGGUGACUUGCCGUGCAGUUGCGGUUUCUUGCACAACGGAUGCGCUGUGCGCUGGUCUGCGUUGUCGGGUGCCUUGGGUCGUUCCUUCCGCGGGUCGGGAUCUGUUACUCGUUAGGCGGGCUGCGUGUCUCGCUGCCGCGUUUGUGAAGGCUUUCCUCGUCGUGCCCACAUCUUUUGAUGUCUCUGUGAGUGCUGAAUAGGUCGGUGGAGGAAGUUGGGCGUUGUUCGUUGGGGAUGCCCCGGAGAGGACAGGUCGGUGCAAUGGCUUAGGGAUUACAGGAUCCGGACGGUGUCACGAGUGGCCGUGGAUCGGAUUUCGUUGCUUCGAGUCUGCCGUGGAGAAGGUUGAGGGCAGGAAGUCACGGAGGUUGGAUGAUGAUGAUGAGAAGGAGGACGAGUUAAGAUCUCGGAUCUAGGUCGCGUGCACGGAUGGCUUUGGGGCUUCACGAAUCACUUCCCUAUGAUUUGUACGUGCAUGCGGAAUUGACGAGGAUGUGUGGAAAGGUUGCUUGUAAAGCAUUGGAGAACUGUCACAAUCACUUUCUUUGUUGAAGUAUCGAGGAGUUCGAAUAUUACUUGUCGGAGAAGACCGAACCAGGGGAUCGAAGGCUACUAAUUCAUCGACGAGCAUUGACUUGUGGAACGGCGGUCAUUUCUGUAGGGUCUAAUUGAACACCUAGCAAAAGGCAGUAGCUUUGUGGACUGAUUCCUCUAAGAACCUACUUCUUUUCUUGCCAGAUCAGUCUAACUUCUAUCGGGAACUCGGGCAUACAAAGUUUGGGAACUAUCGAAGCACAGUAUCUUUUCGGUACCAUUCGGACGAGUGAAUCUGUGUAGGUCGUGGUGGGUUCCCUAGAAAUCAACUUGAAGCUGCGAAGGACAGGACUUGCCUUCGGCUGCACCGACCAGGCAUUCGUGCCGUAUUUGCAUUGGACGGUAAAGGCUGGACAUCAAAGGAACUAUGAAUGAAACAUCAAUUGAGGAGGGGAACGAUGAGACUGUGGAGUGGAAGCAGAUACCCGAGGUGACCCUUUCUGGCAAGGAAAUUUUGGACUUAGAGAAAAGUGCGAAGCGUGUGUUCGUUGGAGCAGGGGCGCGCGUGCUGUUUUACCCCACAUUGCUUUACAAUGUAGUUCGGAAUAAGCUUCAGUCGGAAUUUCGGUGGUGGGAUCAGAUUCAUCAGUAUGUGCUCCUAGGUGCCGUUCCGUUCCCUGGUGAUGUGCCGCGCCUGAAGUCGCAAGGUGUUCGAGGUGUCGUUACUCUCAAUGAAUCCUACGAAACUCUCGUACCUACGUCGCUGUAUCAGAAACAUGGCAUCGAUCAUCUUGUCAUUCCAACCCGGGACUAUCUGUUUGCUCCUUCACUUGGAGAUAUACGCCGAGCCGUUGCAUUUAUCCAUGAUCACGUGCAACGUGGUGAGACCACCUAUGUCCACUGCAAAGCCGGGCGAGGUCGAAGUACGACCGUUGUUCUUUGCUACUUGGUGGAGCAUCAAGGCAUGACCCCAAUGGACGCGUUCCAGUAUGUAAGAGCCAAGAGACCCCGCGUACUGUUGGCAACCGCCCAGUGGCAGGCUGUCCAGGAGUACAGCAAGCAGGUUGGUUCAAGCUUUGACCCUCAGUUGUCUCCGCUUGGUCCAACCAUUCAUCCUCAGAUGUCCCUACUUCGUCCAAGGAUUAUCCCUCUACUUGGUUCAAUAUUUGGCCCUGAUAUGUCUGUACUUGGUCUAAGCUCAGGGCAGGCUCAGGUUCCACCAACGCGUCUAAGAUUACCGUCAUUUUUUACAGAAGAGAAGCAUUCUUUGGGUAUGAUCAAUAGAGUCUUGACGAUCACCACCGGGAAUAAUACAACUAAAGAAGAGACAAGUAACGAUGAGAGUUUGGAUCGCUCAAAAGGAGAGGAUAAUGAUGUCGGAAGUUCGGAUCCAAUAGACGAGUUGCCUGUGGUGGUGACCAGCCUUGAUUUGGCUGGAUACAGAAGCAUUGAGGAUGCGGGAAUGAUAGGGAACGAUCUUUGGCAAGUCGGAUUGUACUAUCGAGUACGCUUGAUUGCAGCCCGCAACGUUGUAAACGCAGCCGGAGCGGCAAAAGCCUCCAUGGACUGGGCCCGCCUCUCAUGUCUAUUUCUAGGUUGUCAAGCCGAGAGCAGUCGGGUGCUGGCUGUCGACAGUUACCAUCCUUCUGACGUGCCUCACACCAAUCCCCUGGCGGUUCCUAGCCUGUUACACGAUCAGCUUUCUAUGGCGAGGCUUAGUUUACCCCUUUGUCAGUCAGGUAUGGUCAAUGGUUGAGUCUGAAAAGCCAAAUUCAAGCGUUUCUUGGUCACAUUCAGCUAAGGGGACUGACUUCACUUACUCCGCUUUACUCACAACAGUUUUCUGUAUAUAGUGAAUCUGGGGUUUGAACAACAGUUUCGGGAGGUUUGUUUGUAUAAUUCAUAAGGAAAUCUCUGUAUUUUACUGUGGAUAUCGCCUGUGAGCUUCUUUUCUUCUGUACCUUUUGUGCAGCUAGUUUGAUAUUUCAAAUUCACUUACCAGUACAUGGUCAGUUGCAAAUACAUUUUUAGGACACUCUUUGCAGCAGGUUGUAGCACAGUCAUCAGCCUCACAAGUUGCUAGAAUAACAGUUGGGGAAUCUUGGUAGAGUUUUCCGCCCCACGCGAAUCAAGGGAGUCAUCCUUGCUGUCCAUAGCAGACCCUGCAUAGGGGCUUGUAUCAGUUUAAUUUUUUACAUAUCCUUACUAUUUAGAACUCUGUUCUGCCUCAUCAUUUUGACUAUUGGACUCAAGAAGGUACAAUAGCUGAAACUAGCCUUUUAGUUCCUCAUAGAACUGUAUCUACAUCCUAGUUGUGAACUUCCUGGUCUGGGUGUAAUAGGCGUGCACUAAAACUGUGUGCAGAAUGUGUACAAAAUUUCUUCCCGGGGGCAUGGGAAAGUGAAGUCCACACUCUACGUUGUACUCAGAACCCUUAUAUCAGCGAAGGCAAUGAACGUAAGAAUUGAUUUGAGGUGUCGAGGUUACC